CUCCCAAGCAAAUGCUAAUCAAUUCCAAAAAAAUAUAAAAACGGGUCUUUAUAGACAAGAUAGGCUUCGUUUUGAUUUUCCUAGGACAUGGGUCACUAUUACGUUUGCCCCACAGAGCACAGCGACAGCACCAGAAACGACAUUAGAUGCAUUAUCCUGUGGACGCUAAGAAUAAUCUCCCGUCUGUUAUUGUGGAGAUCCAGAAAAAUCUUUCGCAUGAAUUCUUAGCUCGUAUUACGAGAUAUGGCCUGAAUGUUUUUGACGAAACAAAAACCUUUCAUUCUGUAAUGUUAUUGCAUCACAAAUGAAGAAUAUCAUCCACUACGCCAACAUAAACGAUGAAUUUAGUCGUAAACGAGUCAUUAAAUAUGCAGAGGAUGGCAUCAACUUUGCCAAAAGCUUCAAGAAGCGCUGUGUGGGGAAAGGCAGCUCCCCCUCGGUCACUCCAAUUUAAAUCAACGAAUCUACAGACCUUGUAUUCGUAAAUUCAUUCAUUGCAAGCAAUCAAGGAUAAAUGAAAUGGUUUGUCUGCUACGAAGAGGGAAUCCAAGAAGGUCUUUAUGAAAUAUUUGGCUCUCCUUCCAACGCUUUAAAUAGAUAAAUAGAUAGUACUUUCUUGACAUAAAUAACUUUUAUGACUCAAGUAAUUACUCAGUUUAAGUGUUUGCUUA